UACUGAUAUAUAAAGCAGCCUUGAUUUGGUGAAAAUACGAGUGAUAUAUGUACACGGACAUAAUUAUAUAGGGCUUUCUGAAGAUAGGGACGACAUUCUACUUUAAAAUGGAAGUCUUAGAUUGUGAAGAAUCUUCAUGCCAAUCUUGCCAGUGUGACGGUGAUACUGUACAAGCACAGGGUUAUUGUGUGAAUUGUAACGAGUUUAUAUGUUCAUCAUGCAUCGACGCACAUGGAAAGUUGGCUAGCACCGAAAAUCACGUGAUCAAAUCCAAAAAUGUAAAGCCGGAAAUUCAGGUUAAAAGUGAUCAAUGCACUGAGCUCUGUGAUAUUCAUGAUACUGAAUUAGUACAGUUUUAUUGUCUCGAGCACGAUCGUGUAGGGUGUAGAGAAUGUUUUCUUCUCCAACAUACCUCUUGUGAGAUUCAGCUAGUUUCAUACGAGUCGUGUAACUUUAACAACAGCGACGAUCUUGUCCUUAUCAAACACAGACUUGAUCAUCUUAAGAAAAACAUCGCUUCAUGUAAAGGAGAAAUAAAUCGCAGCCUGAAAACAGCAGAUGAAAGAAGGACUGCUGUUGUCGAAGAAAUUAAACAGUUCCGUAAAGAGAUCGACAACUAUCUGGACAAAAUGGAAGCAGAACUUAUACAAAAAGUCGACGAAGUAAAUGAUAGAGAUGUGUAUUCACAGAGAAAGCUUGAAGAUCAAUGCGAGGCUUUACUUGAUGAAAUUGAAGAUUAUCAAAGUAAACUAGAUCAGUGUAAAAACAACAUGAGUAAUUUGUUUGUCAUAUCUAAACGCGUACAAGAAAGACUACAGAUAUAUCAGAAAUUAAAUGAGGAAAUUUCUUCUAAAAGUAACAUAAACACUAUAAAAUUUUCAGCCUCUGAAGAUAUAAAUGCUUUGAAAUUAAACAACACAUGUCUUGGGCACCUGGAGACACAAUUGGAGAAGUUUUCAGGUAAAUGCAAGGAAACAAUAUUUGACAAGAGGAAACAAUUUGUACAGAAAUUCAACGUGCAGGCAAAAGAUGAAAAUGACUGUUACAUCACCGGAAUGACACUCAUAUCUGAAUCUGAAAUUCUCUGCGCUGAUAAUGAAAACGAAUCAUUGAAAGUUUUGAAUCAUAGAGAAGGUAAAGUCACAACAAUACUGAAAACAACAACGUGUCCUAGGGACGUUACAACCAUUAAUUCCUCAUCUGCUGCGACAACUUUACCAUCUGAAGGCAGAAUCUUGUUUCUGAAUACUCAAGUUGGAUUAACUGAGAGCCACAGUCUGAAUGUUAGGCAAGGGUGUUACGGAAUAGAUCAUCGCAAUGGUAUCAUGGCUGUGUCGUUUGUUGAACCUCCUGCUGUUCAGGUAAUAAACAUGGAAGGUGAUAUUCUCCAUGAAGUCAGGGAUACCAGCAUAUUGGAAUUUCCACAAUUUGUAUCUCUGAAUACAAAUAAUGAUAGCAUAUUUGUCUCAGACAGUGACAAUAAUGCUUUGUAUGAAUUCACAGUGAACAAACAACUAAAAGCUGUAAAUAAAACAGAUAUGGGACCUCCAUUCGGCAUAACAGUGACCAACUGUGGUUCUGUUUUUGUAUGUUAUCCGUUUAAAAGUGAGAUGAUUGGAGUGAUUGUACCAGGUACAACACAAAUAACACAUUUUCAUAUACGUGAUGCUCUUGAACCAACGUCUAUCAUCGUAUCUGAAGAGGAGCAGAGAGUGUUCAUCAGUGAAAGUAAUUACUCUGAAGAUUGCAACUUCAUAAAAGUAAUUGACCUAAAAUAGACAUAACUUUAAAGAUCCUGUAACUCAAAUUUUUUUAUGGUUUUAUAUGAUAAAUAUGAUGCUCAAAUGAAGAUUUAUCAAUAUUGUAAGUUCCAAAAAGCAUUAUUUGUAAAUAUUGAAGUAUAUUACCGAACUUACAUUUCAUAAAGGGAGGUAAUUAGAAAUGUAUUUUCGAUAAAGUCUAAGCCAAAUUUUUCAAUAAAAAAAAAUGAAUGCAUAUAUUUUAAAGAUUACUUAUAACGCGUAUGGACAUUUGCAGUACAUAUUUAACAUAUUCUUGGAUGUUUGGAAAUUGUUUUAGAAGAAUAAUUAUAUACAUAAUUAUAUAAAAUUUUACAUAAAUGUUGUUACAUCCUUAAUUACAACAUACAGGAUCUUAAACAACUGCUGUUGAGAUAUUACUGAGACAAAGUGUAAUUAAGUGAUUAAGGUGCAUGCCUCCUAAUUUGUUCCCAGAAGCUGAGCCAAUUCUGAUUAUACUUAAAAAAUAAGGCUUUGGCUAGUUCAUUUAGUUUGAUUAUACAUUUAUAUGCAAAUUAUAUAUCAUUUUUGAAAUAGAGCUGUCUAUGAUUCAAGGCAAGGCAUAUCAAGGAUUUAUCUACAUCAGAUGACAAAUAUCAAGGAUACACAAAUAUAUUGAUUAUUACCUAAAAUAACUUGCCUGUUAUUCACUUUUUAUACCUGUUAAAAUGAUUUCAGUUGAAAACAUGUUCUGUUCAGUGUCUUGUUUAUAAAAAGCUAAUUGCAUGAUUUUUAUCCAGACCAUUUUUUUUGUC